GAAGUGUAUCAAAUGUAUUCAGGAGCCCAUUCUUUGAUGUAUUUUAGUUCAAUAGCCACCACUUCGUACGCUCUGCGCACUUAGUGCAAUGGAUAAAUACCUACUCCUCUUUAGUCCGUAGGUGUAAGAUUCAAGCCCUGGUCGCGUCAACCCUUUUUUGGCCUUCUUCAAAGGAUAAUAGAUAUGUUCAGAGUAAAACGCACAUGUGAGAACGUUUGACGGCGUAGCUUUUACAAAUCGACUAUGUGUCGGGAUACAAGACCCUAAAGAAACAUCGAACUAAACCCGAUAAAACCAAAAGUGAAUUCGAAGAAACCCAAUUGGACUCGUUCAACGAUGGCCAGCGUCGGGGCUGAAUCAGGACGAGUCACAACAGUCGAUAAGUCGCCAUUUUGAAAACUGCAAGGGGUUUGGGGGAAGGUUUACGGACUUGCACGACACCUUAACAAAGUGUUAAAGGCCUUCCUGUAAGGAAGGCACAGUAAACACAAAGUGAAGUCCUUUUGACAUGUAAACAAACAUUAUCUGACGAAGUCAACUAUUUAGGGAUCCUUUCUUUUGACUUUAUAAACCUCAAGUUCUCAUGAGUUUGCCAGAGAUGAAAUAUUUCCCAAAAAAAUCCUCUCGAAAUUUUUCCGUAAGGGCGAAAGGACUCUAUAGAACUUUUAUGUUUUCUUCCAUCUAUCGCACUGAGAUCACAUCUUUGUUUACGAAAUCAAUCAUGCGUCACGCAACCAAAGUUCGACCGAGGCAGCUGCUCCAUUAUAUGACAAGAAGUAAAGAUAAUUGGAACUGGAAAAAUACUAUUCAAGACGUUCUUCUAAAUUUCUUAAAGCAGUUAGGUAGUUUUAGGCCAGGCUGUUCAUCCUUCCCAGUAUUCCUCUCUUUCUUCCUUCCCUUUCCCCGGCUACUGCCGGGGAAAGGGAAGGGGGGGGGAGGGAAGCAAUGACAGUAUGUCUCAAUGGAGCUGAAUACACUGAGUUCCGAUGUAAACCGGAGGCCGUAGCUUUUCUGCCUUUCUUCAAUUGCGAUUAGUUUGCAGGGCUGCCUUGGCUAAAAAACGAUUCACCAAAACUUUUAAGACUCAUAGACCGUGUUACACCUCUUAAGCUACCACAUGCUCCUGCGUAUUUCAAAAAACAAGGCAAGAAGCAGGGAGUCCCCAUCUUGUGCUUCUUAAUUCGUGAGGAAAAUUCAACCUUGUGAAUCAAUUACAAUGCAAGCUCCAGUUAACGUUGCCAUGGGUUUACGCGUAAAUUCUGAUAAGGCGGCCACCUGAAACGCUUUGAAAAAUACAGUAUCUAUCAGAAUUUAUAAUGUAGUUCGGAUAUAACGCGCGCUGUCAGCAUAGAGCUGAGCUGCCAAAGUGUAAUAUGUUCGACCUUUUCCGGGACUUCUCUCUUGCUUUUUUUCGUUAAUUUAAAAGAAAUUUCGGAACAAGCGAGCCGGCAAGUAGCGACAGAAGAACCAAAAAAGGUUUGUAAACAUGCCAAGCGCCGUAAUUUACGUUAUUUUAACUUGAGCAGAGACGAAAAUCCUCAAAGAGAAAACGAAAUGGACAGUCAAAGUUUUGAGGGUUUUCAAACACAGUUAACACUCGUAUAACUAGCAUAUAUAGUUUCGUGUUAAAAAAAAAAAACAGAAUAGAAAAGGAAUGAUGAGAAAUAUAGCCAAACUGGCAUAACUGUUAAAAUUCGUGCUAAUCAUGACGGUGUCAGAGCGACUGUAAUCAUGCGGAGAUCCAUCGCAGCUAGCUCCUCAUGGCGAUAUCCGGUCAUCGCAGUGAGGAAAGCCUCGGAAAUUACAUCGGCCGCCCCUCGAGUGAAAAACCAAGAACUUACCUUGAUAUCCUUUCCAAUGCGUCGAGUGGAAGGCCACAUCGGUCACAGAAGGCGGGUUUUACGGCGCUGUCAUACCUGGCAAUCUUCAUGCUCCUGUGAAUUCGGAUGUCGUGUAUUCAUAAAACACACACCAUAAGCAGUUUGUUUUGUAAUUUUCAUGUGAAAAAAAUUGCAUGUAUUUAUGAACUAGUGGGGAGGAACACUCGACUACAUCUUGUGUUUCUCCCUCCCUCAAACCUGAGUUUUGUGAGCGGGCAUUGAGUGCUAACGCGAUUUUUGGCGGCAAAAAUUUGUUUCGCAAUAUUUUAUAAAAAAACUUAAGUAUGGCCCGACGACAAACGCCAUUUUGAAUUAUUUUAAUUACUCCAUGUACUCUGGCAAAAAUUUCGGCCAUUGUACCACCCCCCAGAUAUUUGAACAGAAGACAAUAGCACAACUAUGGGGACAGAAGCAAAUCUAGUUGGGCAGGCAGGGGAUAACGCUUUUAAUCUAAGUUUUAUCGUAUAAAUUAAUUGUCAAACAGAUCAGAAUCGAGUAAGUGAAUUUUCCUUCCGUACUGAAAAACCCCAUAGUAUCAUUGACGUCAUACCAUGCGGUAAAAGUACUUGGAGAAAAGGAAACUUUAAUUUAGACCCGCAGUAGGCAUUGUUUGUGCCAGAUAUUGCUUAAAAUAUCAAAACUUUUUUCCUAAGGAGGUUUUCGUAAGAAUUAUAUACGGUUUAUCGUCUGAAGAUGAGAGUGAUUUUCGCAGUAAUGUCUCGCAGUCGGGAGUCCAAGUGAUGGGCUCCUGUCGCAGUAGGUUUUAAUCUCUUAAAAAAAAAUUAAAAAAAAGAAGGAGCACCAAAAGACGUGUAGUUUUUUUUUAUUCAGAAGUUAGUUUUUUCCUCUUUUUUCUCUUGUUAUUUUCAUAUAUUCCAUAUAAACUCCAUCCGCCAGGAGAAUGCAAGAAGCCAAUCAGUCUGUGCUCGACUCAGUUACCGAAAAUCUCUCAUCAUAAUGACUCAAUUGUUCAUAUUUUAACAUUCAACGAGGGGUCUGCAAAUGUUUCAGUCUGUGUUUUAAGUCUUUAUCAAUAAAAGCAGAAGAAACCAAAUUAGGCCGUUAAUGUUCCACUAAUACUGUUUCUUUGUUGACGAUGCAGAUACCUGAACAACAACAACUUAAAGUAUUUGUUCUCUGAUCAACUACCUAAACGGCAGCAUUGGCCCAUAUUUGAAAACCUGUAAGUUAAGUUAAGUGGGUAAGUUUCUAAAGAAACUACGGUGCUGCGUCGGUGAGAGAGUAUAACAGGGUAAUUUGUAGUUAUCAAAUGAGUUAAUAAACACAGUUGAUAAUACCAAACCACUCUGUCAAUUAAGCGCUUUUGGAUUUUCAUUCUACUUUAGAUGAGUAAGCUGAAGAUCCUUACUGCAUUUAGCAACACAACCUUUUACAAGACGGGGGCCGAAAAUUAAAACCACUGAAUAUUAAACUGUAGAGAAAAUUUACACUAGCAUUAUAAGAAACAUCCCUUAUUUGAUAAUCUUAUAUUUUUUAUUUGGUGAGGCAUGCUCAAGGUCAAGCAAGUGUAAACUGUUUUUUUUUAAAGGAUGAAAAUUUAAGAAAAUGAAUAAGUUCUUACCAACAUUUUCCAGAUAAAUCGAGUAUUAUCCUUUUGAAUUGCUUUUUUGAAUGUUUACUUCUCGAGCCAUGUUUUUCUUCCUAAUGUUGGUUAAGUCAUCGGGCAACAAUGUUGCACCCAAAACUAAUAAUUUCAAAUCAAUUUAAUUCGUUCUUAUUUUCAGAAAUCCGAUUCUCGUCAAUAUAGUUGUAAUUUAGGUAAAAUUCAAAUUAAGAUUGUAAACUCAAAUUUCGCGCUUAUUAGAGAGCAAAAUAAUGAGUUUCCAGUGGUUUCUUUUCGCCCCCUUCACGUCAAUAAAACAAUAAUACAUUGACUCAUUUUUUCACUGUUGUUCUUAAAAGUCACUCAGUUGAGCCCGAGGUCUUAGAAGCUCGAGUUGUAGCCGCUGAUUGAAGUCAAAGGUCAAACAUUCAAUGGCCAAAGAAUUAACCGUAAACCCUCAAAAGAUUUGUACUUUCGACUUUCAUGAACGCAAAUUUAUAUGAGAGGUGAAACUCUCAGGGGUCCCUUCGUAAGAACUAAAACUUAGUCACGAUAUGCCACACAGAUCCUUUUAUUUAUAUUUCUGGUUACAGGAAAUCAUUUACUUACCUCCUUCUGAAAACAUUUCUCUGUAGUAAAACGUUACAGGUGCAUUUAGGCCCCGUCUGCUACGUUUGCUCUGUACUGGUUAGAGGGACAUUCAAGAACACAUGCACCUCUUGCAGUUCGGACUUGAAACAGCCAAUUAAACCACAAAGACGAGCCGUUAACAGCCACAUAUAUUCGAGCAUUUUGUUAGUGUUAUUGCGUCCUCUGUAGGUUCAAAACUGAUUUCAAAAAGUUUUAGAGGUCAUCCACAUUGUCAGAAGACACAUUGCAUUUUAAAAAAAGUCAUAACAAUUAUGAUUCUGAAAUAUAUGUUUCGACAGUUUUUUUUCUCAGUUCAAUCAUCUUAAAGUAUAACAGUGAAAAAGUGAAAAAGUAAAACCAUUCAAAAACAAAGAAAAUUAAACUUAAGAUGACAGACAAACUGUUGAAGCAUGUCCUUCAAAAUCCGAAAUGUUGUGUCGUCUUAAGAUUCCAACGUAUCUGUUGCUCUCCUUAUGUCGAUAUCUUUUUACACAGAACCCUGGACUUCAACAAACUGAAGACUCUUCCUUCUGAUAUAUUCCAGCGUUUCAAGAUAAUAGAUCUGUAAGUGAUGGGUCUUGAAGCUUUAGAAAGUUGACUUCCGCUGAGUUGGAUUGAUUUCCCAUUUUCCCAAAAAGGUUUUUUAGCGUUUGUUUGAAAAUGAAAUUGAAUUCCCACUAACAAACUGAACUUGAAAAAUUAAAAGUGCUGGUAUAAAUCUUCUAGAACAAAUGUUCAAAAACGGGGGCUUGAAACAUAUCCCCCCAUCCCCCCAUCUCUCCACCCCCUUACCCCCGAAACACUAAUUCUCGUCGGUUGAAAAAUUAAUCGAUAGCUGAACGCCCCCAAAACACUGGGAUCAUCAAUUUCAUGAUUACCGAUAUUAGUCAUUCAGUCAUACUUAGAAUUGUCCUUGUUGAAAGUAUACUGUAGGUAGAUUUCUAUGCUUACCCUCAGCGACAGAACCAAUUACAUGGCAUGACAGACUGAAGCUAAGAAACGAAUUGCGCAUUUUACAGGUGGCUGGGAAACAACAACAUCAAAGAGUUACCUGAAAACUUGUUUGCGGGGCAAGAUAAACUAAAAUAUCUGUGAGUGAUACUAGAUUGCUUAUUAACUAAUCGGCGGAAAAAUUUCCGCUCAUACAUCUAUGAAUAAAAUCUGAACUAAAGAAAUGACCAACAUUUCAGUAUGGAAAGCUCGCUUCAGUUAGUCCACUUACACCACCCGAUUAUCUUGGUGGCAUAUUCACCUGUCGGCUUUAGUGUCAAUUGCAAUCUCUGAUCAGGAGUUAGUCAUUAACUGGAAGGACCAACAAAAGAGCAAGACACAAUGUAUCUAUAACUUAAUCGUCAUUGCUGACCUUUGGUUUGUUUGAGUCGUCUUGGUUCACAGAACCAAUUUAAAGGCGAAGAAAAUAACUUUAAAAGGAAGAACUUAUUUCACCCGACUUGACCAUGCUAAAAAUUCCAAACAACCCGAGCGUGGCCAUGGUUUAUAUUCUAAGAUCGUCCCUAUGGAAGUAGUCCUGAAAUGGAGGUGGAAAUGGUUUAUGAGUUAACACCGACUUCUCGACAAGAUGAGUGCGAUUUUUGAUCAGAGUCAAAGGAAAUAAAAUAGGCUUUUCCAUUUAAACUACAUAAUCAUGAAGAAAAUAUGAAAUACAAUAAGUGACAAACUGAACCUCUUCCCUAGCCUUCAAUAAAGACAACAUUGUCCAGUUUACCACAUACUGAUUUUACUUCUUUGGCUCCACUUUCUGAAAAUGCCUUCUGCCGUGAUCAAUUCAUAGCCAAUUUCUGAUUUAUUACACUGAUAAUUACAUAGGUACACGAAAUUAUUACACGGCUCUGAUCAGCUACAAAAGCUUGCAUUUCUCAUGUAACUCGUUUGUAAAUUUGUAACACAAGGUUAAAAUUACAAAUGGGCUUUGAUUGGCUUAAAAACAAGAGAAAUCAACAAAAACAAAUGAAAGAAUUUCACAUAUUUUGAUCUUCUUUUUUCCUUCUUUCUUCUGUAUUAUAUCACUUAUUAAUUUUUCACACUAAAAACUGAAAAGUGACCCAAGGGGCUUUUGUUGGUCUAAAAAAUGUGUUCGUAUUUAAUUAAACACUUAUUUCAACAAAGUUCAAUAGUAAAUGAUGUGAUUACCAAUACAAACUGUAAUUCAAUACAUUUUGCUCAAUUUAAAAUUAAAUUUUAUUUUGUUAUUCUCCCAAUGUAGGCGGUUGAGCGGCAAUCAGCUAGAAAAGCUAUCACGUGAAAUACUUCUUGAAUUGUCUGCCUUGGAAGAAUUGUAAGUAACAACCUAUCUUGUGCAUAAAAAUUGCUCAGAAAGGCACAAAUUGCUCAAGGUUGCUAGAACCGCAAAAAGUGUGCUCCUAACGCCAAAAGGUGCUCAAAAGUUGCCGAGCGCAAUCGAGACAGGCAUAUCAGGGAAUGAGGAGCUUGCUGAGGUGGGUGAGGGGGGGGAGGGGGGAAGGAGGGGCAGAGAGACUUGACUGAUCUUCGCAAAUUUUAAACAAAAAUUUGUGAGCCUCUAAUUUUAAACGUUGUCUAGAGAAUUACACAUCAAGCCCCCAUGAAAAGGACCAUCUAUUGGAAUUGUUUCCCAACACCUUCUCCACCUUUUACAUAAAUAAAUAGAGUAGAUGUUGUCGUGGUUCUGUUUAGUAAUAAAUCGCAGAUGACAUCAAAUUGUGCUUAGAACUGAAAAAAGGAACUCAGACGAGUAUGUCGGUGGUGUUUUUCGCACAGUUUAACGAAGAAAAUUUAGCUUUGUCGGAGCACACGUGCCUAACUAACCAUACAAUUGGGUGGGAUGAGUCUAAAACUAUUACCACUAAUCGACGUCACCAGCGCCUUUGUUUGGAAACCGGCAUCUCAACUCCGCCCACGCUCGUUUCAAUCGUGACGAUGGCGGCUUACUACUACCUGACGCCUAUUUACACCUCGUCAGAAAAAAGGGCAGCGAAUUAGUGAGCAUAUAAAAGGACCUCUUGUUGCAGUGAUUACAUCACCCCUGACGAAGGCACUAGACAGGAGUGUGCAUCAAACCGUGUCUGAUUUAAAAUUCAGUAAAGUGUUGUUGAAUAAAUUUUGUUGGACGAGAAAUACAGUAAUUUUCGCUGGAAAGGUCAAAGUCGAAACUUAUAUCAAGAUCAUUUUCCCGAUACGGUUCAAGUAAAGUCGAUGUCCAUAAUAGUGGGCAUAACAUCUGUUUAUAGCACUUGAAAACUUAUAUUAGUCACGGACAUUUGUCCCAUUACUUUAAAAAUUUUGUUACCCGCAACUUUUGACUUGUUCUAUUCACCUCGCUCCCCGUUUAUAUUAUUGCUAGGGACUUGUCCUACAAUCAGUUGCAGUUUUUGCCUCGAGGACUACUUAGCAACAACACCAACCUGACAGAACUGUAAGUAAAACUAAUUGUAAAAAAAAAAAAGAAAAAAGAAAAGAAAAGCAAAGAAAAGCAAAGCUACAGGCACAAUAUAGAUAAUUAAUCAGCAGAUGAAUUGAUUCAAUGAGUAGUGCUAUUUGGUUUUAGAUCUCAGAAUGCGUACGGUGGGCCUACAUUAAUUAUUGUCUCAAACGAAACGUCUAUCAGUUUACUGCAUGGAGUUUUUUUUCACUAGGUGAAUCUGCUACAUAUUGGUUAUUCCUGGCCAUUGUUGUUGUGGGAUCAGGGGUAUCGGGGUAUCUCCAUUCGCCUAAUUUAAAUCUAAAAACACGUUGCGGUGUACAACUGGUUGGCUCGUUUGGCGGCUUGUUUAGCUCAUACCAGAAGACCUAAGGGACGGACUCUCAGCCCAUUCUUAAAAUAGGAUUUAAGUUCUUUAGUUGUUAUUCAGCUUACUUUUAUCUCGAUAUAUACUCUAAGGAAUUUGUCAAACAACAAAAUUCAGCGUCUGCCCAUGGAUAUUUUUGGCAACCUCACUCAGAUGAAAAGGCUGUAAGUGACAUUCCGUACAAACUCCACAGCAAAGGGAAAUAUAAUGCACAGUUUCUCAUAGCGCUUACAGCAAACUUGCAUUAUGACCAUUUAAAAACAGAGCUUCGCGAAUUUGGAUUUUGGGAUUAUUUCAAGUUGCAUAUGAAAGUAAAUUCCAUAUGCUCAACUGGCUUUAAAUAAUGCUAACUUUGGUGGCUUUGGUAAUCAAGAACAAUUGAAAGAAAGAGGUCAAUAUUAAAUUCAAUUGUCUCACACAGCCUUUAUUUUCACGUAACUUAUGACUAUAAGUUUUUCGCUGACUAACCAGGGAACUCCGUUAAGAUUGAUUUGUAAUGUAAGCGACCUAUCGUAGCUUGGUGCAUCAGUACUGAAAAGUGAUGUCAUGAUAUGAAAACGCCCAUGUUAACUAUGAACGUGCAAAUGGUAUAUUUUACCUAAAUUCUCAGCAUUAGGAGUAAACAGUUUAUGUGCUUAGCAAAAAUGUGUAAAAUUUUAUAAUUCCUCAAAAUAGCUUUGCCAGAACCAAUUGGGUUUUAUUUCAAUAAAGUCCUCCCUAUUCGGAGAGAACAAGAACCUUUCCAAGAAUCUCAAAUUCUAUAUCAACUGACUUCUUUUUCAUUCUAUAUAUUACUUUAGCUUUCUCUCCAGUAACAAACUUCAGCGCUUGCCGAGGUUCAAAAAUCUGUCCAAGUUAGAAAUAUUGUAAGUGAUUCACAUUUGUAAUGUAACGCAGUAGGUGUCUUGAUAAUGAGCAUUAUAAUUAAUUAAAAGAAGCGUUGGCCAAAAUCAGCUCCGGUGCGGGCUAUUUCUAUGGCAUCUUCUUAUGACAUAGAAAUUUAUUUAAGGAUGUUAAUUUAGUAAAAAGUGAAAAAUAUACAUCCACUUUGGGAAGAGAUGCUAUCAACUAAGAAUUACCAAGAGUAAAUUGUUUAAGGUGAUGGAACAAAAUAUAACACAACACAUCCCGUACAAUACUUAAAUAGCACCCUCCUUUCAGGGCUUUUACGAUGACCAUACACUAGGAACGACUGCUGAUGAUUACUGAUUAACCCAAAUUGAACUUUAACGAUCAAUUGUUAUUUUUCUUAAAAAAUGUAUUAAAUUCUUUAGCGGCUUUCAAAACGUUUUCUUCAAUGUUGAGUUUAUUUGGGAUUUUAAAUGAAAACACAGGAUCUAUUAAUUCCAGUUUUUAACUAACAUUUUUCUUGCAGUUUUUCCAAAUGUUUCAGAAAAGGAUUUUUAAAUGAAAAGCAUAGAAUUCCGGGUGAUGCGAUUAGAAAUACGAGCUUUAAUUUGAGUGUAAAAGUAAAUGAGCGCAUGUCCGAUCACUCAUUUAAAUUUCGCAUCAGCGUUACCAAGUUUUAACCAUUAUUUACCUGGCGGCUAGCAUAGUCCUUUCAGUGAAGGCGUAACAUGAUGGAACUUAAUUAAUUGUUCUUGUCACAAUGCACGCGGCAACUUUUAGGUCCAAAUACAUUAUGGGAUGUUUUUUCAAGAAGUGUUGGAGCACACUGAUGAGCAGUAGAACAGUUUGCCGAAUAUCAAGGCACUAAUACACUUUCGAAGGAGGUUGCAAUUACAAGCAUGUUUAACUCCUCUGACUUUAAUUAAGGAUGCAACAGUUUCUAUAAUACGAGACAGGGUUCGGGACUAAAUUAUCCUUAAAGUCCUUAGAAGAUAAAGCUGGGUCAAGGUUACUUAAGAAUCUGUAAGUUUCGCAGUCAGCUGUAGGCUACCAAAUACGAUUCCAGUCAAUAAAUACUCCCCCAUCAAAUACUGUAAUUAUACCGAGCGCCUAGUGCAUUUUAUUGUGUAGAUACAUGGAUAACAACAGCCUCGUACACCUGUCACCUGAUCAGUUCCAGGGCCUGUCCAAACUGGAGGAACUGUAAGUAAACAUUCGAUAGAAAUCAUACCUGACUGCACAAGUAACUAUUCUUGACCAAAUAUAUAUUAAUUAAUUUUUGAUUGAUAUUCAUUUGCUAGCCGAAUUGUUCAACUUCCUUUUUUUACACUCGGUUUGGAGAAAAUACAACUGCAAAAACAAGGAAGGAGUAACUGUCAAAAAUACAAGUAAUCGAUAAUUUUGCAGUUUUACAGAGGAUCAGUAGGGCGAGUAGACCUUUCUCUCUUCCUCCCACCACUUUUGUCAAACUUUUCGCUAAAUUUUUAAGCCAAUGUACUUUGAUUGGAUAAAGCUCAGAAACCUUAGCAGAAUUCUGAAAAAGAUGCUCUGUCAUCCAAGAUAGCAACUGUCACCUCGGAUUUCUCCAGAAAAAGACUGAAAAAGAAGAGAAUCAGAGAUGUAGCAAUUCUAUCCCUUACCCUCCUAAAAAUUCAACAGAUCAAUGAAACAAUGCUCUUUCUAGUAGUCCAAAUAUACGUAUGCGCUAGGUUUUGACUUUUUUAGCAAGGUAACCGCAAACUGCAUAUCAGUCUAACUUUUACGCAUUCCUGGCUGUGAGGUUUUUUUGUACCUUUUUACUAUUCAUAUUUUCAAAAUCGGAUAGUUUUUUAAAGUAUCAGAGGGAGAGGGUAUUUAAGAAUCAAUAAAGAUAACGGAAGUUAAAGUAAAUACGUGUUUACCUCUAAAUUUUUCUAUAUUUUUGAUUAUAAUGAUGCGCCCUCUAUGUUGUUCUAGGGCUGUUUAUGAAAACAAUAUCAAGUACCUGCCGCGUGAAGUUUUUAAGGGCAUGAAAAACAUGAUGUCUAUGUAAGUAUCUAAUUCUAAACUUUCUUCUAAAUAACGGUAGCGAGGUACCGCAAAAUUAGCAAGGGUCUAGUCAGCAUGCAAUCGUACGAAUCUCAGAAAUGUCCGUUAUCUGAGACGAAUUCGGCUCAGGGAGAUCAAGAGACCCACAAAGCUGCACACCAAAAGCACGGACAAUCUUCUACCCCCGAGGACAGAUCAUACCUUAUGGAUAAAACCAUGUGUGAUGGACGACGAAAUAUUUACGAUAGUGAAAGUGAAAACAGGCUGACUAAGAGAUCAUAUCAACUAGAAGUAGAGAGAACCACCAAAAGGCAAAUCAGACAAAACCUUGAGAGACACCAGGUCUCUUUAACCAUCAAAAACAAGAUCCUGCUAAGGUAUCCCCUUCCAGAUUCAAACACUGAGUUUGCAAAGACUUCUACCAUGAAAACCUCUCGAGGGUAUGCAUGACAAUACACAUGGGGUUGUUUUAAUCGGCAUCGGCCACGCGGAUGGAAAUGGAUCUGGAGCUGUAUUAUCAAUUGCGACUUAUAUAAGAAAUAGCAGGUAAUUCAGUGUUAACAACUGAGUUGAAAGCGUAAAUUAGCCACCGUAAAGGGUAAAAAAGCUGACGUUUCGAGCGUUAGUCAGAGCGAUUGACGAAGGGCUAACGCUCGAAACGUCAGCUUUUUUACCCUUUACGGUGGCUAAUUUACGUUUUCAACUUAGUUGUUAACACUAAAUUACUUGCUAUACUCUCCCACCGACGCAGCACCACAGUUUCUUUAGAAACUUACCCCUUUAUUCAUUUAUAUAGGAAAUAUUUUGUUCAUUCUUGAUAACUGAACUGUCACUUUGAAGAAGUUCUCCGUAAUAUGAAAAUUCGUAAAAAUACUUAUGUGACAUUAUUGUAUGACGCACUUUCCAAUGUACGGUGAGGUUCUUUUCUCGUCGCAGAACAUUUUGAACAAAUGGAAGAUAUUGCCUUCCAUCCUUGGCUAAUUUUCUGUCCAGUGUUGUUUUAAUUUAUGCUUUAAAACUUGUCAAUUGACGUUCUACACUUUUCACUGUUUCAUCGUUCUGUAGGAAUUUUUAUUUCAACAAUAUCCGUGCCAUUACCAACGAACAUUUGAAAGAUGUCGCCCCAACUAUUCGAUUCCUGUGAGUAUGAAUAAACUGAUAAUAUCCCUGGUGUGUUCAAACUACUUUGAGUUCAAGGGAGACAGAUAUUGUUGGUGCGACCUUCACGUGCCGUAAACUCACGGAUUAGCACCCCUCCCCCAUUUUCAGUAAUGAAUGGACGAGUGAUACCACUCGCCGAGUUGUUUAAAAAGGAAAUUGUAAUUAAAUAUUUUCACACACAUACCACUACUACUUAUAUGCUAAGAGUACCAACUGUGCCGCUAUUAGAAGUCAGGAUCGGCUUUGUACACUAAUGCACGAUUUAUACUUUUAUUUACGCCCAAUGUAAAACUCCUUGGGACGAUCAUAUCUGGUCACAAGAAAAAGUUUAGGAAAAACUUAAGGGAGGGCCCCUCCUCAUAAAGUGCCCUCUCUGUAAUGAGCGACCCUUCUUUUCUGCCUAAAUUUGAAAUGAGUGCACCAUGUACUCAUUGGAGUAUUAAAAGCAUAUCAGUAUAACAAGUAAAGACACUUUGGCAUAGCCUGUGUAAGUAUGUUUUCCGUAAUCAGUGACGAGUUAUUCGUCUUCGAUGUUAGUUUUCUAUCAAAUAGUUGUUGAGAAUUGGGCGGGAAAAGGAAAAAGAGAUAGCCGAAAAACUGAUUUAUACAUAAUGGUAAUAGGACCGAGCGGAGUUUAACUCGGUCUGUAAUCAUACGAGUGAUCAACAAAAUCAGACGAGCGCGAAGUGGAAGUCCGAUUUGUUAAUCACGAGUGUGAUUACAGACAGAAUUGGACGAGAAGAAGUCUUGUUACCAAUUAAUCAUAACCAUUUCAAUUUCCGAAAAAACAAAUGCAUCUUAAACAAAUAUCUCCAGUGGAGAUAAUGUAUUUAGUUAAAAAUUCCUCCAUUUUAAAAAUUUCCCAGUUUUUCUUUGGAUAAAUGGUUGUUGCUAUGGUUAUUUUGAUAAUUUCUGCGAUUGGCGGAUUAGCUGAGUGGAGUUAGCGUGAUUGGCUGCUUCAACUGUCCGAUUACAGUUGUCCGAUUACAGCCAACUGUCCGAUUACACUGUCCUAUUACAACUGUACAGAAUGAUUACUGAAAAGUGAAGCUGCGAAUGCACCAAUGAGAUUUGAGGAAUUUGUAAUGGUUGUGAUUAAUAGACUAAAGAUGUCGAUGUAAUCAAGAAGUAGCGAGCAAAGUUUGCCUGAAUUGCUUUCCAUUUGCAGGUACUUCCAUUUCAACGAAAUGCGAGAACUACCGGAGGGUUUCUUUUCAAACAUGAAGAAUCUAAUAACUGCGUAAGUCAAGUGGAAUAUUCUAGAUGCGAGGAGUAAAAAUUGAAAAAUUUCAUUCGUCAGUGCCCAGUUAUACUGCACUUAGAGUAUUACUAUCACACUUUCAUUUUCUUAAAAAUUUCGAUCCUGUGACGGAUUAAAUUUGUCUUUUUUUUCCUUUUGUUGUUCAUUUGAACUAUUUUUAUGAACCGUAGGACUGUAGACACCAACCUGAUGUGUUGCCAUUUGACGAAGGAGGACGCAGAUUGCGACUUUGCUUAUGUCGACAGCUUCGCCAGUUGUGAAACUUUGUUCAGAAAUCGAGCUCCUAGGGAGUGCCUCUGGGUGAUUGGAAUCAUGUCGUUGGUUGGUGCUGUGUUUGUCAUUGUGUGGCGGUUGGUGUUUCGGGAGAAGAAGAAGAAAAACAAGAUACAGUCCAUCAUGUUGAUACAUUUGGCUGGGGCUGAUGGACUUAUGGGUGUCUACCUCAUAACUAUAGGUGUGGUGGAUGCCAUUUGGGCAGGGGAGUAUUAUUUGCAUGACUAUUACUGGCGUUCAAGUUUGACAUGUCAGAUAACAGGUGCCAUUGCCGUGUUGUCAAGUGAGGUGUCUGUAAUGACGAUUUGUUUGCUCUCCGCCGACCGGAUGAAAAAUGUUCUGUUCCCCUAUCGUGGAAAGUCCCUUUCCCUUAAGGUUACGCACCUUUUGUGCUUCCUUAUCUGGAUUGUUGGUGGCAUAAUUGCAUUUAUUCCCACGGUGGGCUUUGACUACUUCGGUAGUCGCCAGAAAGGUCAUCACUUUUAUGGCAGAUCAGUUGUAUGUUUGCCAUUGCAGCUUUCCACUGAUAAGCCGUCGGGCUGGGAAUACUCUGUUGCCAUGUUUGUGGGUUUAAACUUUAUCCUUGUGCUCUUUGUCGUUGUGGCAUAUACGAUGAUAAUCUAUAAGACCUGCGCAUCAAGUAGGCGCAUGGCUAAGCAAGGGACCGAAAGAGAGAGGAGAAUGAAAGCCAAGGCAAGGGCAGCCCAUCUAAGGAGGGAGGCCUCGCUCGCCAAAAGAGUGUUCUUCAUUGUUCUUACCGACUGUGCCUGCUGGCUACCUAUUGUGGCGAUUGGAAUGAGGUCUCUCUUGGAAAAAUCCUUCCGUACACCUGGUGACCUCGCAGUUUGGAUCGCAGUCUUUGUUCUACCGGUUAACUCUGCCAUCAAUCCCAUUCUCUACACCUUGUCUACCCCACAGGUACAUGUAAUAAUAACUUGAACAGUUGGAAAAAUACAUAUUUAGCCGAUAAGUUAAAUUUUGCAUUUAUAUCAUCACUCACAGAUUACAGAUCAUAGAUCACAUCUAAAUUCGACAAGAAAAAAUAAGUGGAACACGGACCGCCAUGAAGUGUCUCACUGUGUAUAAUUUUACCGUAUUUUAUAUUAGCUGAUAACCUUGAUUUCCGCCAUUUCUGAGAUCCCUCUGACUCAGAACUCUCCUCUGUAUGAAAAAUGUACACGUUUCAUUGUAUCGCACUCAGUUUGAGAGUGGCUGGAAAGCUGUAAAAAAGUAUUUUGCGCAUUGGUGCAAAGACUCUAAGGGUUUAAAAACUGGUGAGGAAGCACUAUUUACUGAUUACAACCUCGUGUUUUGUUUCAAUGUAUUAAGGUCCGAGGUGUCAUCAGAGCCAAACUCCAACCAUUGUGGGAUUAUCUGAUGACAAAACUCGGCCGAAAUCAAAAUGCGGAAGGUAAUUUUUGACACUUUUAAAUAAUAUUUCUUUAUUCUGGUGAGUGGUUUUCGCGUUCUUUAAUUUUUUGGUUUCAUGCUCUAAAGUCACGUUUAAAACAGGUUUUAGAGCAGAUGUACCGUGCGUUAAUCAAUCAGAUCGGUUCGUAAGCCAAGAGAUACUUUUUGUUACCUAUAUGAAUAAGAAACAGAUGUAUGUAUUUAGUGGCGCGCGAGCUUGUGUAUUUCAUGUAAACACAUAGGUAGACUCAACCUCAAAUGAUAAAAAAAGACGUUGCCUCAUGAAUGACUAGUUUUGUUGUUGCUGAUGUUUUGUCCGCUUGCUUGUAUUUUUUUCGUCAGUUCAAGAUCAGGGAAUAGAGAUGAGAGUUAUCGAAGAAGGUACGCACCAUUCGCUUCUCCACAGACUAAAACACAUUUCAGGACGCAACACCUAGCAUUCAAAACCAAGAGCGAAACAGAAAAGCCAAAGAAAAGCAUUCAUGUAACUUUGAAGCAAGUCGGUUCGACCUUUUUGCCAGUUUAGGAAACGUGUGAAAAGUAUUUGAAUCUUCAAUAUGAAGUUUACAGACAACCAUAUUUUGAGUCGCUUUAAUGACCGCAAUUUUUCUUGAUAUGUAAUAUGCUUAAUCCUAUUUUGACUGAUUGUUAAUUAUUAUUUAGUGGAGGGAAGACUUAUAGAUUUUGUCACCACUAACAAUAUUUCGCUUUUCAUAUCGUAAAACAAAUAGAUACCUAUAAAAAUCGCUCACAGAAAAAGUCGAAAUAGGCUAAGAACAUCAGACUUACUCAGCUGAGUCCAGUGCACCACGUUUUUGAUGUUACCGGCAUUUUGACGUCAUCUGUGAGCUAUGAAUAAACGGACGCACGGCAAUAUAGGCUAAGUGUUUGGUCGACCGUGAAACUUUUUCAAAUAAUGGUUUUAAUAAGGUAUCAAAGCCACAAAGAUAUAUUCGGAAAGAGCAAAAGCGGAGCGUAAAUUAUUAAGGCCAGAGAAGUUACAAAAUGCGGUCACCAAGUGCAAAAAGCACGAUGUAGCUCGUUUAAAAAAUUGGCGAUUUGGCCAACUACAACUACCCGAGGAAACACUUUUUAAUCUUAUUCCCUUUUUGUCUUUAUUUUAUUGAACACAGUACAAAACCAAGAGAAGGUUGAGAGCGCUGACGAUAGUGAGGAUGAAUCGCAAGAAGAACAAGGAGAUGGUGAGCAACAUGCAGGAUCAGGCGAAGACAAUGAACAACCUACUGAAUCCCAGCAAGUUGAACAUGAACAAGACGAAGAACCAAAACAAGCAAAAGAAGAAUCUACUGAAGCGAAGCAAGUUGAAUGUGAAGAAAACGAAGAACAAAAACAAGGCCGAAAAGAACCCACUGAACAGCAGCGAGUUGAACGUAAACAAGACGAAGAACCAAAACAAGGCCAAGAAGAAGCCACAGAACUGCAGCAAGUUGUACGUGAACAAGACGAAGAACCAAAGCAAUGCCAAGAAGAAGCCACAGAACAGCAGCAAGUUGUACGUGAACAAGACGAAGAACCAAAACAAUGCCAAAAAGAACCCGCUGAACAGCAGCAAGAUGAAUCUAAAAGAAACGAAGCACCAAAAGAUGACCAUGAAGAACCCCCUAAAAAGCAUGACGUUGAACAAGAUCAUCAAGCAGAUUCAAAGGGAAACAAAGAAGUAAGUGAAACGCAACGAGAAAAACAGGAGCUAAAUGAAGACGAUGGAAAACCUGAGCGAAAGCUUAAAGGAUACGACCAGGAAUCCAAACAACCGGGCACUCAAGAAGAGGAAGAAGAAAAAGAACCGAAUGUCGACCAUGCAGAGCCUGAUGAGCUAAAAGAUGAGGGUAAACAGAAGAAAAAGUCGAAAAGAAAUGAAAAAGAAAGUGAACAGCAACAAGAGCAAAAUAAACAAGAUGAGCAGGAGCAAGAAGAACACCCAGAAGAAACCGAAAAGGAGCAAGUUGAUUGUGAUCAAGAAGAACGAGAACAAGACCAUAAGGAUCCUAAACUCGAGCAAAUUGGACAAGAAAAACCAAAAGGAGACGAUGAAGAUUCUAAGAAAAAGCAACUGGAUUAUGAACAACCAAAAGAAGGCCAUGAAGAACAUAUGAAAGACCAACUGCAGCAAGGAAAACCAAAAGGAGAGAAUCAGGAACCUAAACAAGAGCAACUGGAAACUGAAAAGCCAAAAGGAGAGUACGAAAAACUCAACCAAAAUCAACUUGGAGACGAGAAGUCAAAAGAAGCUUGCGGGGGCUCCCAACCGCAGGGUGAUGGGUCCUCGGAAGAUAAAUCUCCACGUCAGCAGCAGCUAGUUAUGGACGAAGGUAUGUUUUGCCACCCUCCAUUUUCGCCAAAAUUUAAAGUUUUGGAGUAUAAAUUUCUCACUUAUCAGUCUGGGUAAAGGAAAUAUUCUUCAAUACUCCAAAACUCUUAGUUAUUUGUUUCAAGCGACAAUGUUAACUAAAGUAUCAUGAUAAUGAGUUACUUUGCUAUUCAACAGGACAUUACGAAGAAGAUGAUAUGGGGCUGGAUACACGUCUGUAAUUGCUAGCAUUGACUCAUCAAGUCCUCUUUAGUUCUAGUUAUCGUUUUAGUAAAAGAAAGGUUAUAUACCGUUAUAUCAUGAAAAUGAUGCAUUUACUUAACCAAGAGCAUUAGAGAAUAACUCAUAUAAGGUAUGACAGUGACUAGUGCGAGCCCGCAAUGUUUGUUUUCAUUUUUUGAUUGUCUGAGUUGUUGUAGACAAGUAAAAACAGCUACAGGAGAAAGGAAGUUAGUAUGGUUUGCUAAAUAGAUAAUCGUAAAAGCAUGUUUACGGCCGUGUUGCGUUUCCAGUGUCGUCAGAAGUUUCCGCAACUGAUUUUAUUUCAAUAUUAUUAGAUUUAUUACUACUUACAAACAUUAUUUAACUAUUUACUCAGCAUUCAGUUGCAUAUAUUACUCGUUAUUUAUUGACUUUAGUCCUAGCAUGUUCUUUAGAAGGUGGCUUAAUUGUUAUUACAAUGCUACGCCAGUAAUCGUAUUUACUCCACUGCACACAUAUAUCAAGUGCACAGGUCAGAUAAUGUAUUUUCAUCUGGCGCCUUUAUUUAUUCACCUUUGUUGUUAACCUACGAUUUAAGUUAAAAUUUUGUAGGAGCUUGCGCAAAAAUAGAAGAAAAAACUAUCAUAGGAGUGAAAACCCAAGUGAGAAUGUUAUAAAAAGUGUGAAACGUUUCAUAAGUUAUUGUCAAGCCAUUUAGUGUCUAAUUAAAAAUAAAUAUAAAA